AUUUCAAUCCAACAACAACUAAAGAAAAAUUCAAUCUUUUUUAGCAUAUCCAGCUUAAUUCCAUAACCCCAGAAAAACCCUUUUACGGUUUAGCAUAAUUUUAUAUAGAUCGAAAAUGUCUAAUGACCACCAACAGCUCGACGAAAUGCCUAAGUUGAUUCCAGCAGAAACUGCUACAAUGCCGGUGUCUUUUGAGAAGUAUUCCAAAAGGGUGUUACUGAAAACGAUAUUGGAUCGUAGAGAUAGCGGUUUGGGGUUGCUUGAUCAGAGAGUUGUGGUUGGAGGAUGGGUUAAGUCUUCAAGAGAGAUUAGGAAAGAUCUUCCGCCUAAAACGACACAGCCACCGGUGCAUGGUGAUACUAAGGUGGAUCCUGCUGGAGGAGGUGGUAAAGAUGUGAGAUGUGUUGAAGUUUUUCAGUCGCGAAUUCCUUUUCUUCGAACGAUUAUAAAAGUGUUUGGUGGAAGCAAUGCUAGUCAUCAAACAAAGGAAAAACUUGACAGUAUCUUGACAAAACCAACACCUCAUACGGUUUCAAUGUUGCAAAUUAGUGAUGGUUCUUCUGUGAUCAGCCUUCAGAUCAUGGUGGAUUCUUCCAUAGCUCCUUCGAGCCAACUCAUGCCUGUCGGGACUUGUAUACUAGCAGAAGGUGUUUUGCAGAAGCCUUCUAUACAGGGGAAGCAUGUAAUCGAGCUUAAAGCUGAGAAAUUGUUGCAUAUUGGGCUUGUUGAUCAAGAAAGUUAUCCUUUAUCAAAGAAAAGUUUGCCUUUGGCUAGAUUGAGAGAUUGUGCUCAUUUUAGACCUCGAACAACCACGGUGGCAUCUGUUACGAGAGUACGUAGCGCUUUGCAUCAAGCCAGUCUUCUAUUUUUCCAAAACCAGGGAUUUGUUCAUGUGGAGGUGCCGGUUCUAACUGCCACAGAUACUGAAGGAUAUUCCGAGAAUUUCCAAGUUUUAACAUCAAACUUUUCCGCUAAAGAACCAAAAAGAGAAGAACCAGUGUCGAUGGAUGAUACAGCGAAUGUUAGUCUUGAAACAAUAAAACAGUCAAUUAUCGAAAAAAGCAAGAAAGUUGAAGAACUUAAAAGAAGCGAUAGCAAUAAAGAAGCACUCGCUGCAGCUGUUCAAGAUCUUCAUAAAACGAAUCAGUUGGCUGCAGAACUAGUAGCAAGGUCAAAGUCAAAAUCAAAGUCAAAGUCAAAGUCUGAACAUGUAAGAACAGACAAUUUCUUUUCUAACCAGGCCUUUCUUACUACCUCCGGAAGUCUUCAUCUCGAGAGCUGUGCAUCAGCUCUUGGAAAUGUAUAUGCAUUCGGACCAAGGUUUCACGCAGAUAAAUCAGAAUCUAAAAAGGAAUUAGCAGAAAGAUGGAUGAUCGAAACUGAGAUAGCAUUUUCCGAACUUGAGGAUGUGAUGACUUGUGCUGAAGACUUUUUGAAAUUUGUAUCUGACUGGGUUUCGGAAAAUUGUUUUGAAAACCUUUACUUUCUCACAAAAAGAGUUGACAAAACCAUUGUUGAUCGUAUUCGUUCAAUGGUAUUAACGCCAUUUGAAAAGAUCACGUAUGCAACAGCUGUAGAAGUCUUAGAAAAGGUUAAUGACAGAACCUUUGACACCAAAAUCCAAUGGGGUGUGCCUCUUACAGAAGAACACGAAAGUUAUCUGGUUGAUGAGUUUUAUAAGAAGCCUGUGAUUAUAUAUGAUCAUCCUAAAGAACUAAAGCCCUUCAAUGCGCGGUUAAAUGAUGAUGAGAAAACUGUUGCUACCUUUGAUGUGAUUGUACCAAAGGUUGGGGCUCUGAUAAGAGGCAGCCAGAAGGAAGAACGCCUAAACCAUUUAAGUAAAAGAAUCAAGGAACUAGGAUUGAAAAAGGAUCAAUAUGAAUGGUAUUUAGAUCUUCGCAAGCAAGGAACAGUUAAGCAUGCAGGGUUUAGUGUUAUGUUUGAUGUUAUGGUCCUUUUUGCCACCGGACUCAACGAUGUUCGAGAUGCCGUCCCCUUCCCUCGACAUCAUGGAAAACUCCAUAACUAAUCAAGUUCGAAACUUAAAAUCGUAUUGAUAUUGUCAUGUACAGAGUCAUGUUCAAGAAAGUUCAGUCUUGAAUCUUCCUGUUUAUAUUACAUAUAUUUGUAAAAAGUUCAAGUGAAAUAAGAAAGUGGUUUGAUUUGUGAGA